AAAAGUUCAGUUGUUCGGGUGGUGUUAUCAUGUGCAGACUGGAAGCUGACUCCACCCCAAGUGCUUAAGUAUCGGAGAAAGGAAGUGUGUGAAGAACCCUGUGAAUAUAGCGGUGCGGACUGUGGUGCGGUGUUUGCCCCACUGAGUGUUCUUGGUGGGACUGACUCUGAAGAUAUCCGAAAGGACGUGCACAGCCAUGUGCUAAGGGACGGUCCUACAAAACCCGCAAGGAGGAUAAGCCCAAACACCACCACCAUGAAGUUCCGUCUCGGACGUCCGCUACUGCUGGCGGUGUUCUUUAUCAUAGUGCUAGUUGCCGAUCAGAUACGAUGCGACGAUGAACCGGCAACGGAGUCGGUCAAACCGGCGAAAAGAAAGUCAAAAAAGAGUAAAACGAAGAAAUUGGCUACGAAAAAUCUGAAAAAAGUGCGCCCCGAUCGUCCGCAGGCUGAUCGGCCGCAGGCACAGGCACCGGAAUACGAUUCCGCGUACGAUUAUGGGGACAACUACGACUACGGAACGGAUCCCGAUUAUGAUGGUGACAAUGCGGGAGCUCGCAAUCCAGAUGCUAGCUUCCGACAGCCAGAUGACGAGAUCCCACGCGUGUCGACGACAACGACCACCACCACGACCCGGGCACCCGAGCCGGAAUCGAUCGUACAACCCUUCACGUGCUACCACGAAGGCAAGUGGUACCGGGAGGGGGAGGUGUUCCAAUCCGGAUAUCAAGGUUGUGCCACGUGCCGCUGUCGCAAUGGUUCGAUACAGUGCGAUGAAGCCGAUUGUCCACGGAACAUACCCACCACAACAACCACGACCACUACCACGACCACCACCACCGAGCAGCCAGAGUUCGAUGCGUCGGCUGUUGGCAAUCGUCUGCCGGCAGCUCCAUCCGGCGAGCCAGGCAUCCCGGGUGAAGCAGGACAACCGGGUAUCCCAGGAACUCCCGGUAUUCCUGGACCACCGGGACCUCCGGGUCCAGCACCUGAUCUAACGUUCUACACUCAACAGCUGCAAGAAACGAUGGGUGGAGCGGAUAAAGGUCCUGGCCCGGAAAACUUCCAGUUCAUGCAAGCUCAGGUCGGCCCGGUUGGUCCACGAGGUCCGCCCGGUCCAACUGGUGCUACGGGUCCGCAGGGUUUCCAAGGAUCGCGCGGUGAACCGGGUGAAACGGGACCACCGGGAGUUGGUGGACCACCAGGACCGCGUGGGUUACCCGGUCCUCCCGGCAAGGAUGGUGCUGCCGGAGACGAUGGUGAAGUUGGACCACAGGGGCCUGUGGGUCUACCGGGACCACGAGGAUUACCUGGAAUGCCUGGAGUGCCUGGGCUGAAAGGACAUCAGGGACUGCCAGGACCGGAAGGUAUGAAAGGCGAAACUGGAUCAGUCGGUGAGAAGGGAUCGGUCGGAGCUACAGGACCGGCGGGAGUUCCUGGAGCAGUUGGACCAGCAGGACCUCGAGGAGAACGAGGACGUGAGGGUCCUCCAGGACCACCUGGAUUGAGAGGCAUCGAUGGAAUUGCUGGACCUCCGGGACCACCGGGCCCCGUUGGUAAACAAGGACCACCCGGCUUUCCCGGAAGCAACGGAGCCAAGGGAGACAUGGGAGGUGCUGGUCCGAAAGGUAGCCAAGGUCCGCAAGGACCGCGGGGCGAAUCUGGACGCCCAGGCCAGCCGGGAGAACCAGGUCUGAAUGGUCCACCGGGUAAGGAUGGAGUGUCCGGAGAGAAGGGAAGUCCUGGAUCGCCUGGAAUUGCAGGCCCACCUGGGUUCCCCGGUCCUCGCGGUGCACCGGGAGCCAACGGAAGUCCGGGAGAUGCCGGCUCAAAAGGUGAACCGGGUCUACCGGGAGAGCGAGGAUACAAGGGAGAAGCAGGCAUUAAGGGUGAAGCUGGCAUUCCCGGACCUCGUGGUCUCCCGGGUGCAGUUGGACCGGAAGGAAAGCGAGGCAAACGGGGCAUGAAGGGACCGACUGGACUUCCUGGACCACAGGGAGAACGUGGUUUACCUGGAUCUCCUGGGCUCCCUGGUCCCGAUGGCGCACAAGGUGUUAAGGGACAGUCUGGAGAUCGGGGUGCGAUGGGCCCUCAGGGUCCGAAGGGAUCGAGCGGUGAUCCGGGACCACCGGGAGCACCAGGUAUUCAAGGUUUGCGUGGACAACCGGGACGAUCGGGUGCGCAGGGCAAGGCCGGUACACCAGGAGAGCGUGGUCUGCCCGGCGCCGACGGUAAAGUAGGUGAGCCUGGACCGCAAGGUUUGCAAGGAUUGCCCGGACCAAUGGGAUUGCCAGGUGACAAAGGAUUCACGGGAGAGCCUGGAAAGGACGGUGAUAUUGGACCUCCGGGACCAGUCGGUCCGCGAGGUGAUGCCGGUAAGGACGGACCUCCAGGAAUUUCUGGACCUCCUGGCCCACCUGGAAACGACGGUGAUAGAGGUCCACCGGGUACGCCUGGCCCGAGAGGAUUCCAAGGCUUACCUGGAACACCUGGCAACCCCGGAGCACAAGGAAAGGAUGGACAGAACGGACCGCCCGGACCUACAGGGCCCGCUGGACAGCCAGGAAUUCGCGGUGAACGCGGCUUCCCUGGGGAAAGAGGACCGGUCGGAACACCUGGAACACCGGGUCUGCGAGGAGAGCCUGGAGCGCAAGGAAACGAUGGACCACCGGGAUCACCGGGACCGAACGGUAUGAAAGGACAUCAAGGAGCACCUGGUAUGGUUGGUCUUCCAGGAUUGCGUGGACCAGCGGGACCAGCUGGAGAUAAAGGAGAGCGAGGUAGCUCUGGCCCACCUGGACCAGAGGGACCUGCUGGACGCGUUGGAGAACGAGGACUUCAGGGACCGAUGGGUCCUCCAGGACCUCCGGGAGAACCGGCUGAAAAGGGUGAGCCAGGCACUCCAGGCAUUUCCGGCGAGCCAGGAGCACCAGGGGCAGUUGGCGAACGUGGUGCUGUCGGACCGCAAGGUCUGCAAGGAUUCCCUGGCCCGCAGGGUCCGGUUGGCACUCCGGGAGCGAAGGGUGAUCGAGGAAAUAUGGGUCUGAAGGGUGAACAGGGUAACUCUGGACUGCCAGGUGUACCGGGUGAGCCUGGCCCACAGGGUUUGAUUGGCUUGACUGGAUCAAAGGGAGCACGUGGAGAACCCGGAUUACGGGGAGAAACGGGACCGAUGGGAACACCAGGACGACCAGGAGAUCAAGGCCCAAUUGGUCAAACUGGCAAUCCAGGAGCUCCGGGAACACCGGGCACUCCAGGUUUGAAAGGAAAUCCAGGAGAUACUGGUCGACCAGGAAACCCGGGUCCUCCUGGUAUGCCCGGACAGCAGGGCGCGGAAGGAAUCAAGGGUGAAGCAGGCAGCGAUGGACCUCCAGGUGCACCAGGAAAUCAAGGUCCCCAAGGCGUACCGGGCGAUCGUGGUCUACCUGGCCUUCCGGGUCCGAGCGGGGCUCAGGGAUUGCGAGGAAUGCGUGGAGCUGCUGGUGAACCCGGUACCCCCGGUAAGCCAGGCAGUGAUGGCCCACCGGGUACACCGGGACCACUCGGACCGCCGGGACCUCCCGGACCGACGGGUGAUACUGGACCUGAAGGAGCACCUGGCAAGCAAGGCCCGCCCGGAAUCGCUGGACGCACUGGUGACAAGGGACCGAUCGGUAACCCUGGUACACAGGGCACUCCCGGUGCACCAGGACUACCAGGACCCCCGGGACCGCAAGGUCCUCUCGGACAGACUGGUGAACGAGGAUUACGAGGUGAAACCGGCCCUCAAGGUGUCGACGGUCCCCCGGGACCUCGUGGCAAACCGGGUCCUCCCGGUUUGGAAGGUGCGAAAGGAGAGAACGGAGAACCAGGGCUCAAAGGUACCAAGGGUCAUCGAGGACUUAUCGGUCUGCAAGGUUUGCCCGGUCCUGCGGGUCCUCCAGGUGAUAAGGGUAACGCAGGCAAUGAAGGACCCGCCGGUAAACCCGGUGAUGCUGGCCCACGUGGACCACCCGGACGGGACGGAUCUCCAGGACCUCAGGGAAUGCUCGGAAUGGCUGGUCCCCGCGGUCCACCUGGAAACGAUGGUAAAAAUGGGCAGCCCGGCCAGCCUGGUCCACCGGGUCCUCCUGGACCGCCGGGAGAUGGUGUUGGAUACGAUGCUGCUGCUUUGGCUGCCCUUCUUGGCCAUGGUCAAAUGAGCAACACUAAGGGUCCAGACCCGAACAUGGGCGAUGAGCCGAUGAAUCUGGGCCGCGUGUUCGAGCUGACCGACGAGGAACGCCAGAAGCUCGUUGAGAACGCGUACGAGAAGCUGAAGUCCGCCUUCGCUACCUUCAAGAAACCGGACGGUAAACAGACCUCUCCGGCAAAGACCUGCAGGGAUCUGUUCGCCGCACAUCCUGAGUUUACCUCCGGACACUACUGGAUUGAUCCGAAUGAGGGCGAUGCGCGGGACUCGAUUCUUGUGUACUGUGACGCAGACAAGAAGGCUUCCUGCAUACUUCCGCAGCCUCUCCGCACCAAAGAGCUUUCAUACGAUGGUGACGAACAGGAAGUUUGGUUGGGCGAGCUGAAGGAUGGCAUGAAGAUCAGCUACAAAUCGGACAGCAAUCAGAUCGGGUUCCUGCAGCUACUAUCGGCAAGUGCCUCCCAGAACGUUACCUACCACUGCCGAAACAGUGUUGCGUUCUACAACAAGGAGAAGAACAGCUAUCGCCAGAGUCUGAAAUUCCUCGCCUGGAACGAUGCAGAACUAACGGCCCGAGGUCCACAGCGACUGCGGUACGAAGCGCUACAGGACGACUGCCAGCACAGAACGGCCCAUUACAGCCAGUCGGUGCUAAGCUACAGUACCGACAAACCAAUGCGGCUACCCAUCAUCGAUAUAGCGAUCCGGGACGUGGGUGAGCAACAUCAGCAGUUCUGGAUCGAGGUUGGAGCCGUGUGCUUCCAGUAGACGGGACUAGGCGAAGAGUGCGGGAGCAAGAGAUGAGAGGGGUUAUGGGGGAAACGGGUAAUAGCAACAAACGAACGAAUGGUGAUGCUGGCAAUGAAGCGAUUGUGAUGACUAUUUCCUUUAGGGAACAGGGAUGUCGAUUCCUCUUCGUGCUUUAAACUUCACAGAUGAUGCAAAGAUCGUCCUGAGCCGUGGAACAUCUAGGUGGAAGGAUCUUUGCCUGGUCUGUGGGAAGUUAGGAAGUGCGUGCGCGUGUAUGUGUGUGUGUACAAAAAAAUGGAGUAAUAAAAUAAUUUAAUGGUAACGUGAUUUCAAAAAA